AUGCACCACGUCCUGAUCGGCGAGUCGUGCUACACGGCGUCUGAAGUCCAGAAGCUCGUGCAGCGCAUCAAUGAUCAGAGUCCCGUCAAGGUUGCUAAGCUCACGGGCUCCUGGCAAUACUACCUCGACCUCGAGACUGAGGAUGCCGCCGUUCUCGGCAGCAUUCAGAAGAUCCUCGAGGCCAUUGAGCAGCCUGCAGAUGCUCCUUCAACCAGUGACAAUAAGAAUGCCAUCGAUAUCUACGUCAGCCCCCGGAACGUUUCCCCAUGGAGCUCCAAAGCUACAAGCAUCGCCCUCGUCUGCGAUCUCAAGACCGUCAACCGCAUCGAACGAGGUCGAGUCAUCCAUAUCGAACUCGAGGAUGGUUUCAAGGGAGAGGAGGAUUUGGGUUUCCGGGACAUCCUGCAUGAUCGCAUGACAGAAUUCUUCAGUCUUUCUCCACCGGCCCUCAAUACCAUGUUCGCUCAUGGUGCUCGAAACCCUCUCGUCGUCGUCGACAUCUUUUCCGAUGAGCGCGGUCCCUUGGCCGCUCUCCAGGACCAUAACAAACAGGCUGGGCUUGGUCUCGACCAACCUAACAUGGAGUACUUGGUUAAACAGUACACUGCUCUUGGUCGAUCUCCUAACGACGUUGAGCUGUUCAUGUUUGCUCAGGUCAACUCUGAGCACUGCCGGCAUCAUGUCUUUAAUGCUUCAUGGACAAUUGACGGUGUCAGCCAGGAGAACAGCUUAUUCGGCAUGAUUAAGAACACCCAUAAAUUAAACCCUGAAUAUGUCAUCAGCGCCUAUUCUGACAACGCGGCCGUCCUUUCCGGUGACGAGGGUAACUACUGGGCUCCAGACUAUUCCACCGGAAGCUGGAAGCUCACCCGCGAGGUUGUCCAGCCUCUCAUCAAGGUUGAGACGCAUAACCAUCCCACUGCCAUCUCCCCCUUUCCCGGUGCCGCAACUGGAAGUGGUGGUGAGAUUCGAGAUGAGGGCGCUGUUGGACGUGGCUCUUCUCCCAAAGCUGGUCUUGCCGGUUUCUGGGUUUCUGAUCUCUUGAUUCCUGGCAACAAGAGGCCAUGGGAGCUUGAUAUUGGACGUCCCUCUCACUACGCCUCCAGUCUUGACAUCAUGCUGGAGGCCCCAAUUGGCUCUGCUCGCUUCAACAACGAGUUUGGUCGUCCGGCCCUGACCGGUACUUUCCGUACUCUUCUCACCAACGAGGCCGGAUCCGAUGCUCCAGAGUACAGAGGAUACCACAAGCCAAUCAUGAUUGCUGGUGGUAUCGGUAGCGUUCGACCCCAACAUGCUCUCAAGGAGGAGAGCCAUGUUGAAGAGGGGGCCCAUGUUAUUGUCCUGGGUGGCCCUGCUAUGCUGAUUGGUCUUGGUGGUGGUGCUGCCUCGUCCAACACUGGCAGCGAUGCCACAGCGGAUCUUGACUUCGACAGUGUUCAACGUGGAAACCCCGAAAUGGAGCGACGAGCCCAGAUGGUCAUCAACACUUGCGUUGCCCUUGGGCCAGAAAGUCCAAUUGCGUUUAUCCACGAUGUUGGUGCUGGCGGUCUCUCAAACGCUCUUCCUGAGCUUGUGAAGGACGCUGGGUUUGGAGGCAAGUUCGAACUUCGACAGAUUGAGAGCGCCGAUAACUCUAUGUCUCCUCUUCAGAUCUGGUGUAACGAGGCUCAGGAACGAUAUGUUCUUCUCGUCAACAAGGAUGGUCUCAACCGCUUCACUAGCAUCUGCCGACGAGAGCGAUGUGGCUUCUCCGUUGUGGGAACUGCCGUUACCAAGGAUGAGAGUGGUGUUUCAAAGCUUGUUCUCACUGAUCGUGAGCCUACUAUUCAGCCUCCUGUUGAUCCCAUUAACCUUCCCAUGGAUGUUCUCUUCCCUCCUGGACGGCGAAUCUCCAAGGACGUUCAACGUGUUGAGAAGAACCUUCGUCCCUUUGACGCUGUCAAGAGUCUCACCGAGCACUGCGGCAGCUCUGACAUUGGCGAUUUGGUCACUAAAGCUACAGAGCUGGUUUUCAACCUUCCCUCUGUUGGGUCAAAGAAUUUCCUUAUCACUAUCGGUGACCGUACUGUUGGCGGUCUAUCUGUUCGAGACCAGCUUGUUGGUCCUUGGCAGACUCCGGUUGCCGACGUCGCCGUCACCCUUACUAGCUUCAGUCUUGAUGACAAGAAGCGACGUGGUGAGGCCAUGGCCAUGGGCGAGAAGCCUAACCUCGCUCUCAUCUCGGCAGCCGCAUCUGCCCGUAUGGCUGUUGUUGAGAGUUUGAUGAACCUUGGUGCUGCUGACAUCAAGCCUGGUCCCGUCAACGGUGAUCUCAAGCGCGUUAAGCUCUCGGCCAACUGGAUGGCCGCUGUUGGUCACCCUGGCGAAGGUGCUGCUCUUUACGAUGCUGUCCAGGCUAUCGGCAUGGAGCUCUGCCCUCAACUUGGUGUUUCAAUUCCUGUCGGAAAGGACUCUCUGUCUAUGAAGGCCUCCUGGAAGGACAAGAACACCUCUGAGUCCCAGACUGUCACUGCUCCUGUCUCACUGGUUAUCUCAGCCUUCAGCUUGGUCGAAGAUGUCCGCAGCACAUGGACGCCCCAGCUUCGCCGUGUUGAGGAGGUUGGAGAGUCUGUCCUGGUCUUCGUUGACCUUGCUCAGGGCUUCCGUGCCAUGGGUGGCUCCGCUCUUGCUCAGACACUCGGUCAGAUUGGUAACGAAUCUCCCGAUGUUCGCGAUGUUCAGAUCAUCCGCGACUUCUUUGAUGCUUUAUGGCAGCUUCAUCAGGAAGACAUUGUCCUUGCAUACCACGAUCGUUCUGAUGGUGGUCUGCUCACAACUGUUGCCGAGAUGAUGUUUGCUGGCCGUUGUGGCGCUGAUAUUUCUCUCGACAACCUUGCUGAGUCUGAGGACAAGGUGCUCGAUGCCCUCUUCAACGAAGAGUUGGGAGCUGUCUUCCAGAUCCGCCGAGGUGACGAGAUCAAGUUCAAGAGGUGCUUCGCAACAUGUGGUCCUCCCCAUGGUCUUAUCAAGACUAUCGGCUAUGUUCGCCCUACUAGCAAGCAGUCUCUCCUUGUCAAGUACAGAUCAAAGACCAUCGUCGACCUGGAGCGUGCCAAGAUCCAACAGUGGUGGACCAGCACUUCUUACGAGAUGCAGAAGCUCCGAGACAACCCCGAGUGCGCUCAGUCAGAGUUCGAGGCUAUUCAGGAUAACAGGGAUCCUGGUCUACACUACAAGCUCAAGUUUGAUCCCGCUGAUGUCAGUCUUCCAGCUCUCACAAGUAUCAAGAGCCUGGUAUACAAGCCCAGAGUUGCCAUUCUUCGAGAGCAAGGUGUUAACGGUCACGCCGAAAUGGCCUUUGCCUUCCGAGCUGCUGGCUUUGACGCUGUUGAUGUUCACAUGUCUGAUAUCCUUGACGGCUUCUCUCUAGACGGAUUCCGAGGCCUUGCUGCCUGUGGUGGUUUCUCGUAUGGUGACGUUCUCGGUGCUGGUAACGGCUGGGCUCAGUCUAUCCUGAUGCAUGACGGUGCUCGCAAGACGUUUGAGGCUUUCUUCCAGCGUCCUGAUACCUUCUCACUAGGUGUCUGCAACGGUUGUCAGAUGCUGACUCGACUUAAGGAGUUGAUCCCCGGAGCCGAGCACUGGCCAACAUUCGUUGAAAACGCCAGCACCCAGUUCGAGGGCCGAUACUCGAUGGUGACCAUCGAAGACAAGUCCGAGAACUCGGUCUUCUUCAGUGGCAUGAGCGGAUCCUCUUUCCCCAUCGUCGUUUCUCAUGGUGAGGGCCGAGCAGCUUUCUCCUCUGCCAACGACUUGCAGUCCGUGAACGACUCAGGUCUUAUUCCCUUCCGCUAUGUCGAUAACUACGGCUCCGUUACAGAGAGAUAUCCCUUCAACCCCAACGGCAGCCCUCAGGGUAUCGCAGGUGUGCAGAGCAGGGACGGCCGUGUCGUUGCCAUGAUGCCUCACCCCGAGCGUACCAUUAUGGCCGACGUUGGCUCAUGGAAGCCCGAGCGCCAGCUGGCUGAGUGGGGACAAUAUGGUCCUUGGUUCCAGCUCUUCUUGAACGCCCGUAAAUGGGUUGCUUAA